UGUCAAACAUAAUGUAUUCUUGCCGUGAGAGCAAAAGUAGCUUUAUCAUUAUCCCAUGGAACUAAAUUCAGCUGGCGGGAUCUCAGACGGGAAAAGCGUAAGAUCAAACUCAAAACUGGUCAAGCAUCCUGAGUUAUACAGCAUUUUUUCCUUCCCUUCUGCUUCCUCAUCAAGAGUAGGGAGUCAGAAAGGAGAAAUGUGAGAAAGCUUUGAAGAAAGUAAGAUUGACAUAAGAGAAAGCGAUAGUUGUGGAAAAAAAAAACGACUUAAAAAGAGAGUGGGAAGUGAGACACUGAUGGGAAAGAGUGGGGGGUUUUUAGCCUAAUGUCUUUAAAAACAGACAUCAGUUGGGAAAGGAACACCAGUUGGAAAGCUGCUGAAGUGGAUACACUACACUUCCCUAAGACUGUGUGACUUAAUGACUUAGCCAGGUUUAUUAAUUUAUGAUUAAUUUCUAUCAGGCUAUCUGUUUUAUGGUAUUAUGCCUGUAAACCUUAAUUCAUAAUUAGAAGUUUACUUUUUGUCUUGGUUCAAAUUUAAUGUCUUCUUCACCUCUCUCAAGAGGAUAUUUUAUUCUCUAGAUCUGCCCCUUUUAGGCCCUGCCUUCAGUUCCUUCUCUUUGCAGAUGGAAUAUUGAAAUGUAUGCAACAGAGGCUGUAAUCAAUUAAUCAGUCCUCAAACGUGCUUUUAGUUUUGGUAGAGUAAGAAAGUAGCUGUUUCAAAGAUACUUGGGAUGUUCCAGGUAGAUGUGCGAUGUCCACAACUACCCACGUCUCUGAAUCUGUGUCAACACACGUAGAACUUCUCCAGCACGCCACGACGAGAGGCACUUCUCCAAGGCCCAGGUCUGGGGCACCGGCUUCCCUACUUCCGGCCCCGCCCCCUCUCCGGAGGUUGCUAGGAGACGUGAUGUCACCGGAAGCGAGGCCUGGGAUAGGCUGAGGCGAGGGGAAGCCUCUCCCCCGAGCAACCUCAGCCCCCGGCGCUGGCUUUCCAGCUGUCUGUAGGCCUGGGUGAAGGCCCGCGCUGCCCGCCACGUCCCCGGUCUCGGCCGACGGCGCUGCGCGGCGGGUGACCUCUCCGAGCCCGGCGCGAUGACGGCUCCUUGCUCCCGGCUGGCCCGGCUUCCUCCGCGCCGCCGGCUCCGGCUCUUGCCGUUCCCGCCGCCGCUGCUGUUGCUGCUGCUGGCGGCCGCGGGCCCCGCGCGCGGCUGGGAGAGCGGAGACCUGGAGUUGUUUGACUUGGUGGAGGAGGUGCAGCUCAACUUCUACCAGUUCCUCGGGGUGCAGCAGGAUGCUUCUUCUGCAGACAUUAGGAAAGCAUAUCGUAAGCUUUCACUAACUUUGCAUCCAGACAAGAAUAAAGAGGAAAAUGCAGAAACUCAGUUUAGACAAUUGGUGGCCAUUUACGAAGUUUUAAAGGAUGAUGAACGAAGGCAGAGGUAUGAUGAUAUUCUGAUCAAUGGACUUCCAGAUUGGCGACAGCCUGUAUACUACUACAGGCGAGUGAGAAAAAUGAGCAAUGCUGAGCUGGCAUUACUUUUGUUCAUUAUUCUCACAGUGGGUCAUUAUGCUGUGGUAUGGUCAAUCUACCUGGAAAAACAAUUGGAUGAACUGCUUAGUAGAAAAAAGAGAGAAAAGAAAAAAAAGACAGGCGGCAAGACUGUGGAUGUGUCAAAACUUGGUGCUUCAGAAAAAAAUGAAAGAUUACUGUUGAAACCACAGUGGCAUGAUUUGCUUCCAUGCAAGCUGGGAAUUUGGUUUUGCCUUACACUAAAAGCAUUGCCUCAUCUAAUCCAGGAUGCUGGGCAGUUUUAUGCUAAGUAUAAAGAAACAAAAUUGAAGGAAAAGGAAGAUGCAUUGACUAGAGCUGAACUUGAAACACUUCAAAAGGAGAAGAAAGUUAAAGUAAAAAAACCAAAACCUGAAUUUCCUGUAUAUACGCCUUUAGAAAGUGCAUAUAUUCAGUCUUACGAUCAUGGAACUUCCAUAGAAGAAAUUGAGGAACAAAUGGAUGAUUGGCUGGAAAACAGAAACAGAACACAGAAAAAACAGGCACCUGAAUGGACAGAAGAGGACCUCAGCCAGCUGACAAGAAGUAUGGUUAAGUUCCCAGGAGGGACCCCAGGUCGAUGGGAAAAGAUUGCCCAUGAAUUGGGUCGAUCGGUGACAGAUGUGACAACCAAAGCUAAGCAACUGAAGGAUUCAGUUACCUGCUCCCCAGGAAUGGUCAGGCUCUCCGACCUCAGACCCACGGCUCAGAAUCCCAGGCCCCCCAAGAGCACGGCGGCCCUGCCGGACGAUCUCAUCACCCAGCGGGAGGAGCCGGCCGCGGAGGAGGCGGAGGAGCAGGGCGAGGCGGAGGAGCAGGAGGCCGAGGUCCCCGAGAGCCGGCCCCGGAGGCGGAGGCCCGCGCGGCUGCCGGAGGCGGCGGCGAAGGCCGAGCCGGAGGAGAAGGUCCGAGCAAAGAGGCAGAAGGACUUCGAUUUGUCAGAACAGAUGGAGUCCAGCGAUGAGGAGAGCCAGAGGAGAGAGAGAACGCGAGCCACAGAGGAGCCCUGGACUCAGAACCAACAGAAACUUCUGGAAUUAGCCUUGCAGCAGUACCCAAAGGGAUCCUCUGAGCGCUGGGACAAGAUAGCCAAGUGCGUCCCAUCUAAGACUAAGGAAGACUGUAUCGCUAGAUACAAGCUGCUGGUUGAACUGGUCCAAAAGAAAAAACAAGCUAAAAGCUGAACCCUCUGGAAGAUGAUGUUUACCUUUAUUUUCUGAAAUGAUUAUUUUAAAAAUCUUAUGCAGAAAUUUGCAUUUUGUACCUCAGUAUUUCUAUACGUCAUGUGCCUUAGUAAAAAAAAAAAAAAAAAAAUUUAAAAUAAAUGUUGUGCUACAUUGUUUAAACAAA